UGCGCUCAGUUAUAAAUUUAGAGUUUUCCGUUCGAAUCAGUCUACGAGCGACAACGUUUAAGGAAGGUCGCGCUGUUUCGCAUCCCCGCAGAAAUUUUUGCCGCUUAUUGCUUAUUAAUGUAAAUCCGGUGAAUUAUAUAUAUACUACUAUAUAUUACACAUAUAUAACCUCUCUCUUACCGCAUUCAAAUAAUAGAAACAGUAAAUAUUUACUAUUCGAAACGGGAGGAAAAACUUGCCACAGCGAAGCGAGAAAAAUCGGAAAAACGCCAAAAGUGUCUGCCGCCGUGGAAAACACACCGAGCUGCGUUAAGUUGUGGAAAAGAAGAAAAUCCGGAAAAUCUUCGCUUCGAAAUCGUUCCGAGUAGGCAAGUCGUAGUGACGAGCAAAAAAAAAAAAGAAAGGAAAAAUCGUGACGAAGCCGAAAAAGUUCAGUGUGUUGUCUCCAACUAGCGGAAAAGAGGAAACAAAAUAAACGCUCCAUCUUUGCUGAAAACGCCGAAAAAAGUGAUCAGAAUUUUGCGCAAAGUUUGCGAAGAAGAAGCCGCUUAGUCGAUUCGAUUCAUUUGUUUCCCUCCCAAAAACACCCGAGUAAUCUGUAUUUUCGUUCAGCUUCCGUUUUUCUUCGAGACAGCGUGUAGCUUUGCGUAUCAAGACAAGUGACACACAUCGAUGUAUAAACAAUAGACCUACCCGAGUGGAAACAAUAGAAAUACAAAUACAGCUCGCGCGUUCGCUUGCACUGACACCUUCUCCUGUUAAGUGGUCAACGUAACGUACUUCGUCUCUGCAAUUGCCGUCUUCGUCUUUGCCGAUGCCGCUUGACGCACGAGAAAAACGCUAACAAGUGGAAGGUCGAAAGUUGAAGACGAGUAAUAAAAAGAUUAUAAUAAGCAAUUAACGGAAGACACAAACGACCGCUAGGAAACCAAAAUUGGACUCCUCCAUCGAUGAGAGAAAGUCCAGCUUGUGGCUAACAGUGCAUUCUCCUCUUAGUUUUCCCCUUCAGGGCAGUAACGCGAAUAAAAAAGUGUUAUUAAAGUGUUGGUCCGACGAGGAAGAAAAGUAAAUAAAAAAAAGAGUGUUUCGCAUUUUCGAUAACGAGUGAAGAAAAAUUCUCAUGAAAAUUCAUCAAAAGUAACGAAAGUUUGUUUCACCCAAGGCACCCGGCAACGCAGCCGUAAAUUUCCGAAAGGCCCACGAGGCAUACAGAGAAAGGAAAAUAAGGCACAAGCAGAAGAAAAAUCACCACCGUCUUUCUGCUUCGACUGGGCACGUUUGAAGGCAGCAGGAGAAGAAUCAGUGUGUGAAAAAUUAUUCCAAUCAAUUUCCCGAGAAAAUCGUAAAUAUUUUAAAAAGGCAGCCGCGCGAUCCGCGUAGAAAGUGUGACGAGUGCCGAAAGCCGGAAAAAGAAGAGCGAGUGCCGAGAAGUACACCGCAGCUGAUCGAGUAAUCGUUGAUAGCGAAAUUGAAGGCACAUAGAUCACGGAAGAGGAGCCGCUGUGUCACCACCAUUGGUUGACCAGAAUCAUCAUUCAGCAACAACAACAACAAAAAAGCUAAAAAUUGUAGGUACAGCGUCUCUCCCAUCCACGAGAAGUAACGCCUACCCCGGCUUUUCGCCCGCUGUAGCAGCUUUCAAUCCGUGCACCAACAAGCAACCUCAUCUCAGCGCCAUAUCCCACCUCUGCUAGACGCCUCCUGCCGCUUGCUACUCAAGACCCGCCCCCGUGCUUGUGCUUGUGCUUUUUGCAUCUUCCGCUGCAGCAGCAUCCAUCGAAAAUCAGCUCAUCAUCAGCCCAAGGAACAGCCACAAUCCUGCUCCCCACCAUAACACCCACAAGAGCAUCUGAUUUACAGAUUUGGCCGCGUGAAAAGCUGCUGUAGAAAGUCUGUCGCCUCAUCCGGACUACCAUCGGAGCAGCAGCGAGGACGAGUAAUUAGAAGUUACAGAAAAGGCGAAAUCAGGAAACGGCAAAACUCUUCCCAAGGACAAUCAAAGCUUGCGUCCGUUCAGCGAGACUUCUGUGAGAAGGAGAGAAGCACAGAAAGAUAUCCUGGAACAGGAAGCAAAUUAUCCUCCUCCAUCGAGAAAAGAAAAAAACCGACAGUAGUAGUCAAGCAGAUAGUCUGUCAGUCACUCAUUCAUUCAGUAGUCAGCGAGACUGAAAGGCAGAGAAAACCAAAAAACGUCCGUUCCUGAGUAACUUGCGAAGGAAUUAAUUUUUUAAUCUUAGCGAAACAGAAGUCAAGCAGAGAGAAGAGUUUGGGAAGCGGAAGUACCUCUAGUCUUCGUUUUAAUUGCCAUAGGAAUUAGUUAGUGGAGGCAAACAAAAACCAAGAAAUCUCAACGUCAAGGAGAAAGUAAAGAAAUAGCUUCUCUGGAAACGGAAUAACCUACAUCGACUUAUCUUGUGAUACACUUUGGCGAAUCGAGUCAAGAACGUAGCCCGGUGGUUUGGAAAUUAUUAUUCUGGUACAGAGAAAUCAACCAGAGCGAAUUCUUAGUGCAUUGUUACAAGAUCGUUGUCUCAACUUGUAGCGCUCUUAGCGAUUUUUUGCCGGUAGUGAAUGUACGCGUAGAGUUUCUUCCCUCCCUACCAGAGACACGUGUUGUGAUUUAACCCCGAGUGAGAGAGAGACAGAGAACGAGUGUACCCAGUUCCUACUCCUCCCAAUUAAUCAAUCAAUACUCUAAGAAAGUAAACGUCGGGCCUAAGGCACAUAAACGAAGCAAAAGAGCACACACGCACACACACAAAACCAAGUUCGCAGAAAUAGUAUAUGGCUGCCAUGAUGAACAUGACAAAUCUACUGAACGGAAAGGACUCCCGUUGGCUACAGUUGGAGGUAUGCCGCGAGUACCAGCGGAACAAGUGCUCCCGCCCGGACACUGAGUGCAAGUUCGCCCAUCCACCGGCCAACGUCGAAGUACAAAAUGGACGCGUCACCGCGUGUUACGACAGUAUUAAGGGUCGUUGUAAUCGUGAAAAACCACCGUGUAAAUACUUUCACCCUCCUCAACAUCUCAAAGAUCAACUGCUGAUAAACGGAAGGAAUCAUCUGGCCCUGAAAAACGCCAUAAUGCAGCAGAUGGGCAUCUCACCUGGACAGCCAGUGCUACCCGGCCAAGUGCCAACAGUGAAUGGCGCCACAGUGACGACGGGUGUACCUCCGGCAGCAGCCGCCGCGGCACUCGGAUUUACGAUCGCCUGGGGAGGCCACCCCCAUCCGCCCUAUACGACGUACGUCGUCAGCCACACGAAUGGUAGCAAUUGCGUCCCAGCCAUAAUGAACGGUGCCAGCGUCACUCCAGCCAACAACAACAACCACAACAAUAACAACAACAGCCACACCAGCAACACCUGCAACACCUCUACCACCACCACCCACCAUAAUAACAACAACCACAUCAGCACCAAUAACAACAGUCAAGGUGGCGCCUGCAAAGCAACCAAUCCCUACCUGGCUGGCAUGCCAACUAGCACGUACAGUCCGUACUUUCAACCGGGUCAUCUGAUGCCGACCCUGUUAGGUCCAGCGGAUCCAUCGGGGGUUUCCCAACUGGGACCCGUCGUGCAACAAACCGUAGUGCCACAAGCACAACAAAAGAUCCCCCGCUCGGAUAGGCUCGAGGUAUGUCGCGAAUUCAUGCGCGGUGCCUGCAAGCGAGCGGAGUCCGAAUGCCGUUUUGCACAUCCGCAGGACAGCGUUACAACACACGAAGACGGUUCCGUCACGGUGUGCAUGGAUGCCGUGAAGGGUAGAUGCGCUCGUGAACCUUGUCGCUACUUCCAUCCUCCUUUGCACCUGCAGGCUCAAAUAAAAGCAGCGCAGUCACGCGCAACCGCGAAUGCACCUGUAUCCGCUGUGGCUGCCGUUGCCGCUGCUGCCGCUGCUACCAUGGGCACCCUGCCGCCGCCACCGCCACCAACUACCGGGGCUGUCAAUUCGACGUCCUUGCCAAUUAGUCAAACUCCCCUGGAAGCUGGCAAAAAGCGUGCGGCCGAUAAUGACAUGAUACAAAUGAUGGACAUGAAAACGAUGGGAUCUUUUUACUAUGAAAACUUUGCUUUCCCCGGAAUGGUACCAUACAAGCGAUCCGCCGCUGACAAGUCCGGAAUCCCAGUUUACCAACCUGGAGCAACGACCUACCAGCAGCUGAUGCAGCUACAGCAGCCAUUCGUGCCAGUGUCAUCUUCGUCUACAAUACCUUUGAAUGCUCCUUACGUUAUCUACACCGAUGCCAAUGGACAGUUACUGGACACCCUCCCGGUGUGCCAAGAUUUUAAUAGAUCGAUGUGCACGCGCCCGACCUGUAGAUUCGUACAUCUAAUGGAGUGUGAUAAAGUAGAAGUAUGUGAUCAACGCGUGGCGGUCUGUCGUGAUCAUGCAAAGGGUAUGUGUAAGCGCAAACAAUGUAAAUAUUACCACAUACCGAUAGUACUGCCACCAGCGAACGUGAUGGCCGCCACAGCAAAACUAGCAGAGUAGAACAAGAACAACAUCAACAACAGCAGCAGCAGUUGCAAUAUGAAAUACACCUACCAACCAACCGAUCAAUCAACCUACCAACCAACCACUUCAAUGCAGAACCCCGAAGCCCAGAUCCUAGCCGAUCGCUAAGAAAUGUGGCAAAAUGGUGGAAUUUUUUGAACGAAUAGAAUCCUACACAGUGCAGCAAGAAUAAAUAAGUACACAACAGUGAAUGCGAGAACAAUAAGAAGAAUCAUCAACACAAAACCCGUCAGAACAGAAGAGAGUGAGCAUCGAACUACACAAGUUAAAAUUGCAACAACCAAAAUAGUCAUAACGGACGUUUUGCUCUACUAUUGAAUGUACAGAAAAGUAUUCUUUUGCUUUUUUUUCCUUCGUAAGUGGUGAAUUUUGCGAUAUGUUUGCUAAUAUACUUUAGAACUGUGUAGUCGUGUGUUAUACAAGUUUUAUAUGUUGAUAUUGGAAAUUAAUAUUUGACUCGAAUUUAUAUUUGACUCGUUUUUCGCGAUAAAAAAGAAAAUUAAUCUGUAUUAUUUCUGUGUAUUUUUUGUAUAUUUUUUGUAUUUGUAUUUAGUAAAUAUGUUAUAUAUUGGAGCAUUUUUUUUAUUUACUGUACAUCUUAAGAUAAUUGAAAUGUACUUGUACAUCUAGCGGGAUAAAUUUAGCGUAAUUAUUUUUAACGAAUGACGAAAAUGCGAUGAUCUGGAAGUAAGAAACAUCAAAUUUAUAAUCCUAUGGUUGCAUAAAUAUAUUUAUAAGUUCAGACUAAACACCACAAGUUCUAUAACUAUACAUUUUCUACAUGAAAUUAGAAAACUAACAAAAACAAAUGUAUUGAAUUUUGUACUAAGUCAACCAAAAACUAAUAAUUCCGUAUUGAAACAGCCUAUACAAAUUUAUUGACGUUAUUCUACACACAGAACACCUUUUCAUUUGUACUCUCUAAAACAAAUAAAUGAAAACAAACAAUAAUCGAAAAACCUAACAAACGAUAUACAAACCAACUCUAAACAGCAGUAAACUACUCAAACAUGACUUUUUUUACCUAAUUUACCGACUGGGGAAAAACUGCAAAAUAUCUACAAAUUAUAUUCGAGUUUAUACACAUGAACGGUAAAAGUUCACACUCUCACAUGUUCGCGUUGAAAAGAUCACACAGAAAAGAAAACACGUUAAUUCUCUGUAUCAUAAACUUUCAAACACAAAAACAAACACUCAAACAUUUGACUACUUCUAUGUACCGAUACUGACACUAACACACUGAAACGGUGACACACACUCUAUUGAAGAUAACUCAAUACAAGCAAAAACACAACUAAUAAAUGAUAAAUCACGUCCUAUUGGAGCAACGAUAAUGAAUAGUUUAUAUGUUUAUAUUAUAUAUCAAAAAGUGGUGAAAUUAUGGUUGAUUGAAAUGAAAAAAAAAUUAAAGUUGGAAGCAGAAAUGGAAUUCAGAUUAUACCUCUCUAUUUUUUUUUACAUUAAUUCUGAACUAUUAUUCAUGUUACGUUAAGUUCAUUGUUUUUGUUUUAUUUGUUUGAUUAGUGAUAUAUUUUCAUAUUUUGUUAGUAUUAUUAUUCUCCCUAAGAAAGUUCAAGGAGUAGAACACACAUACACAACCACACUCAUACACACUAAAUCAAAAGUAUUCCUAUUACAAUCUCUUACGUGUAAGUACUAAAAGUAUCAGUAAACAAGAGUGAUUCUCGGCAAAAAAAAAUUAUCUACAUUUGAAGUAAUUUAAAGAUUUUCUGUUUUUCAACAUUACAAACAAAACUGUUGAAUUGAUUCCUUUUUGUAACGUUAAUUGUACUCUAGCAACCGACCGGAAAAGGUGGGGAGUUUGUAUUAUAAUUGAAAAUGUGGGAAUUACACAUGGAAACGAUUUCAAGUUGCGUUCAAAAACAUUCAAAAUGUUUUUGCACCAUGAUGGAAAAUUUACCCUAGCAAAAAAGAACUAAUCGUUUUAAAAUAACAAAAACAAACUAAAGUAAGAUUAAACAAAAGUAAAUUUAAACAACUUUAGAAGGAUAUUAAACAACCACGGUCAAAUGGAACAACCGCGGAAAAUAGACCAUGGCUUGCUUUUUGCUGCGGGAACGGAUCCCAAUCAGUCACGACUACCUUUUUGCGUUGGUGUACGUUUUCAGUUUCCUAUAAACAUAUACGAAGUGAAGAAAUGUGAUAUUCGAUUAUUUGUUUGUUCCUGAUUUUAGAUAUUUACAUUUUUUUUUCCAAACCUACAUCUUCAAUGCAAUCGCUUGUUUCAGAUUUCGAACCAGAAACCUGAAAGCUUCUCAUCGGUGAUCGGUGGUUGGAAUGAGGGGUUGAAAUGGCUAGAAUAGCCUAGUGGCAACUUUUUUACGGAUUGAAUCUCAGCGUUGCUCAGAAUAAAUCAAUUCCGAACAUAGGUGAACUACAAAACGACAAAUCUAUGUAGUUUCAAAUCUCUGUAAAAAUACUAUUUAAGAUCAUGCUAACAAUCCUGAAUAGGAGCAUUGAUUAUCCCUCAUGAUUGCAAUAUAAUUGAAAAAAAUUCAAUGAUAUAAUACAUUUGAAAACUAUUUAAAAGUAAUUUUAUUCACAAAUUUCAAAAACUUUAGUUUAAAAUAUAGCUAUAUCAAACAAAAUUAUUGGUUAACCAGCACGCACUGUAUACAAGUCCUGUAAAUUUUAGGACUGAAUUGCUCACCUAAUGAUUUUACCUACUGCAAAGUAAAAAUAAUACAAAAACACCUACGCAAACAACAAUGUUCGCAAUAUCUAUUUAAUGAUUAUAAAUUUAUAUCUGCAAGAUUCCAUCUAAAUUCAGAACACUUUCCGUUGGAAUGCAAAAAUGGUCCAUUCGGGAUAUAUAAAAUGAACCUAAUAUGUUCACCAUGGUCAACAUGACUACGAUGCUUUUAUCUGUGUUGUUCACAGAAACAAGAAAAAAUCAUGUACGAUUUCAGACACCAGAUGAUUUGCAAGCUUCGUGCACUCAAAAUACCACCAUCCGUUCACCGAUUUGCGCGCAUUUGAGCUCUUAUUUGUGUCCUAGAAUCUCCGCUUCGCUUGGCUACAGUGAAUCCCUCGGAACAAACAGAACCACACCUCGACAGAGAGAUUAUUCUUAGGAAAAACUACACAAACGAGAGCAUGAUACAAAAUGCAUAAAGUAUCACAACUACAGUGAACCAAAUAUGAUUUGUCAAGACUGAACCAGGGAAUGAUUUUCUAAAAAUCUUACCCUGCAACUGUAUUUCAUUUCACGGAGAGAGAGAGAUAGAGGAAAGUAGUAAACUUAAAUGCAGGAAACAAUGAGAGAAGGUAACAGAAACCGAUGAGAGAAACUUUAUUAGUGAGACAGAAGCGAUUGCCGAAACCCAUUGUUGUGUUCCGAUCAGUCGAACUUCGCACAGUUUGAACACAUAUCUUCUUCAAAACCAAAAUGUGGAAAACUUAUCACUGCUCCUGGUAUCAAUCUGGAACGAAAUUUCCCAUUAUGUACUGUGACUGUAAUCCGUACAGUUUUCGUCCUGCCACCCUGACCGUUUAUGACUUACGUUACUUCCGUUCGAACAAGCCGUGACUGCCGUUUGUUUCCAAAGGCUUUGGGGAAAAUCCGAAUCGAGUGUUCGUUAAAAAGCAAAGCAACCGAAACUGCAUGGAAGAAUAUAUGGAAAGGCAAGCAGACAACUAAUCGUGAACAGAAGAAAAUAUUUUUUAGAUAGCUAGGAGAUACAUUUAUAUAUUAUUAUUAACUAAAAGAAUUGAAUCUGAUUGAAGGAAAUACUUAAAGAUGUGAAACACAAUGAAAUUGUAUUUUAAGCAAAACAGAACAUGAAAAAGGAACCGAAAGCUGCUGAAUCUUAUCCGAGAACAGAAUCGAACUGGAAAAUAUCAAGUGGAAAGCAAAUGCGAUGUUGUGAAAUUAUUUAAAGUACAUCUUGUUUUCAAAAGUGAUUUGUGUUUUUUUUUUGUUUGUAUGAAACGCAGAACAAAAUUUAAUUUAACGUUAUCAAAAUUAUGAAAGUUGACAGUAACUGAACAACAAUUUCAGUGUUUUACGGAAUAACCCAUUUUGUAUUUGAUUUUAUUUGAAAAGUGAUAAUUUUUGAGUUCCUAUGAUCAUUUUGAUUUUCCCCUUCAUAAGUUUAGUUUAAUUCCCCCAAAAUAAAUUAUUCAACAACCAAAAACAAAUCACGUUCUGUAUGGAUUUUUUAUGCUUUACGUCAACACACAAAAUAUUUCGAAUGAUAAACAGCAAAUACUGUGAUAAUAUUAAGCAUAAAAAGCAAACGAAUAUUGAAAUUAUCUGGACAAGUGACUAGAAAUAUGUUCCCGGAAACAGAAAUUCCGCUGAUUUUUGUUAAUCAUACUUCCAUCUAGUUCUUUUUUUUUCGAUCAAAACAUGACAUUUGACAGUUCUGAGCUGACGGACACCUCCCUGGCAGAUAUCAUCAUUCAGUAUAUGUCUAGUCAACACUUAGUGAAACAAAUAAAGAUCAUCGCCAUUAUUCAUUUACUAUUAUGUUUGAUAGGAUACAACCCAUCCGGCAUUCAACUUUUCCAAUUUACACUAGUAUGAAAUACUCAGUUUUCGAUAACAUCGGACUACACACACUACCAUUUCAAGCGAAUACUCCACCUUCGGUUGCAUGUCAGUGUUCCGUUAAUUUAAACCAAUCUAAAAAUUUGUGUGUUUUAUUUUCAUCAAUUUUUGUUUCCUAUUUAUUCACACAAGAAAUGGAAUGAAGAACGCAAAAUCUCUUACAAAAUGUUCCUGAAAAAAACAAAAAAACAAAACAUACAUCAAGUUCAUCGACACCUGCUAUUGUGUCGUGUGCUCUAAAAAAAAAAUGGAAAAUUAACUACCCAAACAGAUAGGGAUAGAAAAACAAACAAUAACAAUAAACCAUAUUGUGAAGGAUUUUUUCCCCAAACACCUUCUUGAUUCACACUCGAACACAGACAGCAAAAGGAAAAACCAACCAUGCACACACAUUGUCCACACUUCGAAAUAAAUUCGAGUAGCCUCAGAACCGGAUAAAGGUACACAAUACAAUAAAAAAAAAUGCAGUUGGUUUUGGAAGCACAGUCAACACACUUCAAAUCCCACAAUUUGUAUGGAACGUGUCUGAUAAAAAGGAUAAAUAAAAAUACAUUCACACACACAAGAUUAUAUUAUUUGUAAAAAAACGGAAAUCGUAGUAUGAAUGAAAGUGAAACAAACAAAUAUUCUAAUUGAAGUAAUGGAAAAUAAACAAAAAUAACUUAAACAUAAAUAAUCUGUAAGAUUUUUAGUAAUAAAAUAUUAUUGAAAACUUUACUCAAAAAUACUUUAAAAUAUUGUAUGAAUAAAAAAAUCACUAUUAUCAUUAUUGAUAAUAAAACACACACACACACACAUAAAAUCACACACAGAAAGUAUUUCAGUUAAAUAAUUCACUGGUAAACCUUUACACAAGUGAACAAAAGAGAAAAGCUCCAACGUGAACCUAUAGUUGAUCGAAUAGUGAAUCCUUAAUGAGCAAAUGACAUACCUUAUAAAAUCGGCAAAAAGUAACAACCGAGAAAGUAAAACACUACUCUUUCAGUAGCGGAAAAAAAUUAAACAUUUAAAAAAAAAUCAGUGACCUCAGUGUUCGAGGAAGAAAGUAGUAGAAUAGCAUUGCUCUAGUACAGCAAAACUUUCCCGCAGAAAACAACAAAAAGCAUAAAACAAAAUGUGAACAACCGAAAGCAACUGGAAACACAAAAACAUAUGUGCAAAGUGACCGGCACAUCCGAGAAACAAAAGAGAAAAAAACAUAGGAACUCACGCAAAAGUGAAUCGAUACCAGGUUCGGAUGAUCCUUCCCUCGGGCGGCAAUCCGUCCCGGUAUCGAGCCACUCGCGUGCAUUCAUCACUGCGUCUGUGAUAGUUCUAAAGAAAAUUUUAACGUACUAGAUCAAGUCUAUGGAAUUAAGGUGCGCGUUGUGCAUAAAACAUGGAUAUUCGCAAGUAAGCAAAAGUAGCAAGAAUGAAAAUCAAAAAAAUCAAAAGCAAGCAAACACGCUCCGGGCGCACUCGGACUUGGAGCACAAGGCGAUCGGAGGAUCUUUUUUUGGAUCCAUUCUCCCCCCGAGGCGUUUCCCAUUCGGGCCCGUGACCCGUGAUUCUGAGUGAGCUGCCAAGCAAGUCCAGCUCGUCAAUGACGGAACUGGGGUCAUGGAGCAGAGUGAAGAAAUACAUUAAAUUUAAAAAAAGUAAUAAAAUAAUGUUAAAUGAUAAAUUGUUGUUGAUAAAAAUAAAUAAAAACAUCACUUUUAUUAUUAAAAAAAAACUUGAGGAAAAACUAUGAUUAGUUGUGUAGCAAUUCUUUAAUUAAGGGAUUAAAAUACAAUAUGAAAUAAAAUUUAAAUGAACACAUGAGAAAAGUAUCUAAAUUAACAUAAGGAAAUGAAAAAAACUAGUGUUUUCGAGAAACCGAAGCAAAAAAAUAUGAAAGUAAAAAUAUUACAAAUUAUACAUAUGUUCCAUUUUUUAAAUAUAUUAAAACUAUGUGAGAAAAAAGUAACACUAGAAAGUGGGAAAACAAAACUGAUCAAUCAUUGUGAAACCUAUUUUUCUUCAGUUUAUCAGCAACCAAUACAAAAAAGGAAAGGAAAUAUAAGUAAAUUAAUGGUGAAUAAGUGGAAACAAGUAAUAAUGAAGAAUAAUAAUAUUGAAGUACAACCACUUUUAUUUUUCAAGGCAAGAAAAAAAACAUACACACAUACACUUACACACGCGAAAGCAAGAAUGAACACAAAACUGGAAGAAAGAUAAAAACUGAUUUAUGUACUAAAAUUAUUUUCAAAAUAAAACAUUUCAAUUCAAAUUUAA